AUGGCUGCACCCUCGGCUCCGCUGAACUCCAUUGCCAGCAUGGCUACCUGGACUUACGACGAGAACCACGACGACGUCCGCCUCAUGGUCAUUUCCCGCGGCAUGGUCAACCAAAAGGCAAGCAUGCACCGCGACUCGCUGGGCAUACAAUACUCCCAGCUCCCACCCUACUAUGGCCUAUGCUACGCCAUCCCGUACAUGAACAUAUACAACCUGUGCAAGACGAUAGAGGAGGAUGAGGAUGGCCAGCAGUGGCUCUUCGAUGAUGAGUGCUACACCAUCUACAAAUGGCUUGAGCAUCUGAAGGAGGCCACUGGGAUUUCACGCGAUAAUGGGCUGUACGAGUGCGAAAUCAAGGACAGUCAGCUAGUUUUGUUGAUGGUCAUCUCCUGCUCGGACGAGCUGGAAACUGUUCCGCGCCCCGCGAAGCGUAUCCAGAGAUUCAAGGACUUUUUGCGGGUCACUAAGGAGCCGGUAGUGCGUCGAUUCCACCAGCCCAAUAUGUACUGUUGAGGUGGUCAUCUAUUAUUCUCGCAUGCGAUCGAUGGAAGUGCUCGUCCCUGUGCUCAUCGAAUUGGACUUUUGUUAUCAUAUGAUACUCAUUCCCCCGGCCUUUCAUGUCCUUGCCGUGAUCAUGCAAUGCGCUGCUCUUGCUGUAUAUCGGGCUGAUAUUCACGUCCUGACC